UGGCCGGCGCAGGUCACGUGAUCAAAACAGUGUCAUGGCGGCGUCCGCAGCGGUCCGCGCGGCCAUGAGCUUCACUCAGAAGUUCGUCCGAGUCUCUCCGGAAUGCAGCGCGUGCCCGCUCUACCGACUGAACCUGUGCACCGGAGCCACCGACGGGUUCACCGCUCCGAGCAGACACCUGCGGACCAGCAUCGGUGUGUGUCAGAGUGCAGACAGCAGUUCACCGGAGGAGGACGAGCGAGUUGUGAAUGUGGUUUACAUCGACCGCUCCGGUCAGAGGAUCCCCGUCCAGGCAAGGGUCGGUGAGAACGUUCUGUACCUGGCACACAAGCAUGGCAUUGAUCUGGAGGGCGCCUGUGAAGCGUCUCUGGCCUGCUCCACCUGUCACGUGUACGUCAGCAGCGAACACUACGAGAAGCUUCCCGAGCCUGAAGACAGGGAGGACGAUAUGCUGGACAUGGCCCCGAUGCUGCAGGAGAACUCUCGUCUGGGCUGCCAGAUCAUCCUGACGCCGGAGCUGGACGGCAUGGAGCUGACCCUGCCCAAGGUCACCAGGAACUUCUACGUGGACGGCCACGUGCCCAAACCUCACUGAGACUGAACGGAGACACGGAUCAUAAAGCACUGUGUGAUCCGACACGAACGAGCCUCGUCCUCAGUGAGCGGGUCACAGAGCGCUGGACUCUCGAGCUCCUGCUGAAUCUGGUCCACAGGUAUCUCCACGCGAUGGACUCCGGCGUGCCGCUUCAUUACCCCUCAUAUAACCACAACAUUACACAGUUUGCUUUAAAGGGU